CUUGAAGUGUGAUAACCUUGCUCUGCGUCCGGGAGCCUCACUGAAGGAAUGUGGAUUCGGAUGUCCUCCUCUUGUUGCUUGUUGUUGAUGCAGCCCCGAGGGUCCCUCGCAUGGUGAUCAGGGCUCAUACCCGCUCCCUUCUGAUCUCUGUCCGCUCGGACCUACAAUGAUAAGCACCGAGAGUGUUUUGGAGAGUGGAGACCAGCCUUGCAUCCGGCUGGAGCCACUGAUAAACACGCACUUGCCGGAAAAGGCGACGCCGACCGGUGGCAGCUGCGCUGUCUUAACGGACGGGAGCUCCAAAGUGACAGCCAACGGGCUGCACGACAUAGAAAACCGGAUUCUGAGGAUCACCGGCUACUACGGCUACAACCCGGGAUACUCCAGUCAUAGAAGAGAGGAUGGUUCAGAGUCUAAUGCAGAGACACCAGGCAGCGAGACCAGCGAAGAGAGCCAGUCCUAUCAGACAUGUACCAACACAGCUCUGAAGGUGCUGGGUGGUCUGCUGCUGGUGUUGUGUGUCUCCUCCUCCUGGGUGGGUACCACUCAGGUGGUUAAGCUGACCUUCCAGUCGUUCUCCUGUCCCUUCUUCAUCUCCUGGUUCAGCAGCAACUGGAACAUCUUCUUCUUCCCCAUCUACUACUCCGGACUUGUGGUUACCACACGGGAGAAGCAGACGCCCAUACAGAAAUUCAGGGAGUGCAGCAAGCUCUUUGGGGAGGAUGGGAUGACUCUCAAGCUUUUCGUAAAGAGAACAGCACCCUUCUCAAUCCUAUGGACACUGACCAACUACCUGUACCUCAUGGCCUUGAAGAAACUGACCGCCACUGAUGUCUCUGCCCUCUACUGCUGCCACAAGGCUUUCGUCUUUCUCCUGUCCUGGAUUGUUCUGAAGGACCGUUUCAUGGGUGUUCGGAUUGUGGCAGCCAUCAUGGCCAUCACAGGUAUUGUGAUGAUGGCUUAUGCUGACGGCUUCCAUGGGGAUUCCUUUGUGGGCGUAGCGUUGGCUGUGGGGUCCGCCUCCACAUCCGCUCUCUACAAGGUGCUGUUUAAGAUGUUCUUGGGCAGUGCCAACAUCGGAGAAGUGGCUCACUUCCUUUCCACCAUGGGCUUCUUCAAUCUCAUCUUCAUCUCCUGUGUGCCCCUCAUCCUCUACUUUACCAAAGUAGAGCACUGGGGCUCACUGUCCUCGCUGCCCUGGGGUUACCUGUGUGGACUGGCAGGACUGUGGCUGGUGUUCAACAUCUUGGUCCAUGUUGGUGUGGUGCUGACGUACCCCAUUCUCAUCUCCAUAGGGACACUGCUCAGUGUUCCGGGCAAUGCAGCCGUAGAUGUUUUGAAACACGAGGUGAUCUUCAGUGUGGUGCGCCUGGCAGCCACCUGCAUCAUCUGCCUGGGCUUCUUGCUCCUGCUGCUGCCAGAGGAGUGGGACUCGGUCACUCUGCGUUUCCUGGCCACCAUCGCAGACAAGAAGUCAGAGGAACAUGGCGAGGAGCUAACAGAGUCCAGCGUCCAGACUCGAAGCCGCAGUCGAGCCAACGGCACUGUCUCCAUUCCCUUGGCAUGACAUGGCUGAGCUCUGCUAGUAGCCUCUGUUAACCAAGCCCUGUCUGCUCAUGUUCCUCCAUUGCCCACCCAGGGGGUGUGGCGGGAUGUUCGGUCCACAUGGACUCUCUAUCAGGAAGACUCUGGAGAUGCACCUCUGUCUCCAGCUUCACUGCAGGAGGGGAAAAGGACAACAUUCAUGGAUUUUAAUUGAAAGGGUGGAAAGUGUUAUUUACUUUCUUAAAAUACUUGCCACACUCAGUCCUGUUCCUCGCACGUACCCACAGCAAGAGCCUGGCCUCCCCUGACCUGAUCUGUGGACUGUAUUCUGUGAAUAUAAAUAUUGGCAGGGCCAAUUUGGCUCAAUCUUAUAUGUAUUUAUGAUAUUUAUUUAGAGUUGUAUCAAUAAGAGUAUUAUUUUAAGUCGUAUUGAUUAGUAUUAUAUAAAAGAAUGGCAAUUAUACUUUGCGUGAUGUACAGGCUCUUUUGGUUUUAUAAUAAAAGACUUAAAACUCACAUUAGCAGUGCAUUACUUGUUUACCUAAUGACCAUCAAUGUGGCUAAUUCCUGAGUUUUCUAACAAUAUAUUGGAACAUCUUUAGAUUUCUGAAUAAUUUCUGUGUUGCCUAAAUCAACGUUGACAAGAAUGCAUACAAUGCUAAUGAUGUUGCAAAGUUUCACAAACAUAUAAUAUACAUAUAAAAUAUACCUUGUAUCAAGACCAGAUAUUUUUAGCAGAACUAAGCGGUGAGGUUCAUACAAUAUUAGUAAUCUGUUAAGUGCAUUGUAUUGAUUUGGCAGCGAUGACUUCUCCUCAUCGUAAUAAAUUAUGCAAUGCUUUUCUGUGCUGCACUUAGCUGUCACUUACUGACACACAUACACACCCAUGCACUGUAAACUGAAGAAGAUUGAGAAUGAUUGUUUCUACUAUGAUUUAUCCUCUUUCACAUAUUCACACAAUAUGUGGUAAUAUUGCACAGCCUACCUAUCUGCCUGUAAAAAAGCCCAUGGGAUAUUUUUUACCUGUGAAGCAUAACACGGUGAUAGGCACUUUGUCUAAAUUACUUAUAGUGUCUCAUAACAUGGUGGCAUUUACAUUUUAUUUCAAAUAGUGCUAUUGAGAUGAUGAGGUGUCAGGAGAAUAAUUUCUCAGUCUUUCAACAUCGCUCUUUGUCACACACACUGUCAAACACACACACGUACACACAUGCAUGCGCACUCCCAAGAGUCUAACAACACAGUGGCUUUAUGGU